AUGGCCGCCAUUCUCGACGCCGACGCCAUGGAGCCCAGCCUCCAGUCGCUUCUCGACCAGCGCUCGCUGCGUUGGGUCUUUGUCGGAGGCAAGGGCGGUGUCGGCAAAACGACCACGUCGUGCUCCCUCGCUAUUCAGCUAGCCAAAGCCCGCAAGUCCGUCCUCCUCAUCUCUACCGAUCCCGCGCACAACUUGUCCGACGCCUUCAACCAGAAGUUCGGCAAGGAGGCGCGCCUCAUCGAGGGCUUCGACAACCUCUCCGCCAUGGAGAUCGACCCCAACGGCAGCAUGCAGGAUCUUCUCGCCGGGCAAGACGCCCAGGAAAUGGACGCUAUGGGCGGUGGAAUCGGCAGCAUGAUGCAGGACCUCGCAUUCGCCAUCCCCGGUAUCGAUGAAGCCAUGUCCUUCGCCGAAAUUCUGAAACAGGUCAAGUCCAUGUCCUACGAAACCAUCAUCUUCGACACGGCGCCGACGGGCCACACCCUCCGCUUCCUGCAGUUCCCCUCCGUCCUCGAGAAGGCGCUCGCCAAGGUCUCCCAGCUCUCGACCCAGUAUGGGCCCCUCCUCAACGGCUUCCUCGGCCAAGGCGGUCAGCUGCCCAACGGCCAGAACCUCAACGACAUGAUGGCCAAGCUCGAGACGCUGCGCGAGACCAUCUCCGAGGUCAAUGCCCAGUUCAAGGACGAGAACCUCACUACCUUUGUCUGCGUCUGCAUCGCCGAGUUCCUCUCGCUCUACGAGACGGAGCGCAUGAUUCAGGAGCUCUCCAGCUACGGGAUCGACACCCACUGCAUUGUCGUCAACCAGCUGCUGUUCCCCAAGAAGGGCUCCGACUGCGACCAGUGCAACGCCCGGCGCAAGAUGCAGAAGAAGUACCUCGAGCAGAUUGAGGAGCUGUACGACGAGUUCAACGUCGUCCGUGUUCCCCUGCUCGUCGAGGAGGUGCGCGGCAAGGAGAAGCUGGAGAAGUUUAGCCAGAUGCUGGUCACGCCGUACCAGCCGCCUGAGAUGGAUUAA